CGACAAAGUUCGUAUCGAUUGGGUACGCGAGCGCCAGGGUCCGCCCGCCCUUGAUUGACCACCUUCAAGGUCAGUCUGGACGUUCAUUUUCAAUCCUCUCUUACUUCUCCUCCCUCGCUUUCGUUUCUUCCUUAUCCGUGCCUUCGUUCAAGACUCCUGUGACAUUUCCCUCCUUUUGCCUCCAAUCUUUCACGUCCCGUCCCCUUUCUCAUUCAUCCGCUCACCAUGCCUCGUGGCAGACCUAGACGCUCCCUCCGCGGCGACAUGAGCAACCAGAACGUUACAAGCGGAGCUUCCCCGGCCCAAGCAUCCAGCAAGUCCGCGAAAGCUGCCAAAGCGUCAGGUGAAACUCAGCCCAACCAUCGACGAACACGAUCCUCCCGUCUCGCAGUUGCCAACUCAUCCGAUAACGAAGGUAGCCUUCUCGAAGGAGAGGUCGCAUCUCCACCUCCUACCACCCACAAAGUGCUGAAGGCGGUCUCCAUCGUCACCAGGACGACGAACAAGGCCUCGGCCAAUAUGGCUGCACGAGUGGCGACCGGCGCUCAGAAGGGCGGCGGAAGCUCACUGGGUACACCUUCAAUCGCAGACUCCGAGUACGAGACUCCUCUGACCAGCUUUUCCACAACGCCUGCCGGCUCGGUGGGACCGGGCGCCAGAUCCUCCCGGAAAAGCAAGCUUGUCUCGAUUGCAGUAGCAUCCUCGUCUCGGAAGCGAAAGACCGCGGUAGUUGCGGAUAGCGGGGAUGUGGGUGAAGACAUCGACGAGGACUUGUCACCGGACGCUCUGCUUGCAAGGCAGUUGCAGAAAGAGGAGGAAGAGUACGCCAAGCUCGCCAAUAAGAGACGCAAGACUGAGCUUCUGGAUGCCGUUGAGGAUUCGGAGGACGACAUGUCUGAGAUUUUGGAGGAAGAGGAUGAACCAUUGCCUAUGUACACGGGUAAAGGGAAAGGGAAAGCCGUGGAACUGCCUGCUAGGCGCACGCGGUCCACCAUGCGUGCGACGAUGGAUUUCGUAGCGCUGAGCGAUGAAGAUCUGGAUAUCCACCUUGACAAUGACGCCAUCAUCGAUCUUGUGAGCGACAGCGAGGAGGAAUCGCUUAUGAUGGCCAGCAAGAAGCGCAAGACAACCAAUUCGUCUCCUGCUAAAUCCGCCAAGGGUAAAGGCAAGACGAUCGCUCGACAAACACCUGCUGAACGAGCCCGUGAGAAGCGCAGGAGGUUGGCUGAAGCGAGGGAGCGCAAUGCUCGUUUCGCUCACAUUGAAGACAAGUGGGACCGCAAGAGGGCCAUGAAUCGCGAGCGUGCUGAGCAAAAUCAUCCAAAGCUACUGACCAUGUGGGAUGACCUAGCACAAAUUCCCGUCCUGGACACGCAGAGGGCUGAGCAGCCACCGUCCAUUAACCGCCGCCUGAAGCCGUUCCAGUUGGAAGGUCUUAGCUGGAUGACGCGUCAGGAGAAGACUGGCUACAAGGGCGGCUUACUAGGAGAUGAGAUGGGCAUGGGAAAGACCAUCCAGGCCGUCUCCCUCAUCAUGUCGGAUUACCCAGCCAAGGACCCCACCUUGGUCGUUGUCCCGCCCGUUGCCCUCAUGCAGUGGAGCAAUGAGAUCCGCGAGUACACUGACGGGAAGCUCAACGUGCUGGUCUACCACGGAACCAACUCCAAGUGCAAGAACAUGACGAUCAAGGAGCUGAAGAAGUUCGACGUCAUCAUGGUUUCAUAUAACAGCUUGGAGUCGCUUCAUCGAAAGGAAACCAAGGGAUGGACCCGUGGUGACAACAUCAUCAAGGAAGCGUCUCCCCUUCACCCCAUCCAUUACCAUCGCCUCAUCCUUGACGAAGCGCACAGCAUCAAGUCCCGUACCACCGGCGUCGCUAAAGCCUGUUUCGCUCUGAAGGGAACUUACAAAUGGUGCUUGUCCGGUACUCCCGUCCAGAACAGGAUUGGAGAGUUCUUCUCCUUGCUCCGCUUCCUGGAAGUACGUCCGUUCGCCGAUUACUUCUGCCGGUCAUGCCCUUGUGAGCAGCUCCAUUGGCAGAUUGAUGAAGAUCACAUGUGCACCGCCUGUAAUCAUGGUGGGUCGGAGCACAUUUCCGUCUUCAACCAAGAGCUGCUGAACCCCAUUACUGGCGACAACCCGGAUCUCCGUGAGGAGGCACUCGAGAAGCUGCACAUGAUUACCGCCCGGAUCAUGCUGCGUCGCAUGAAGCGCGAUCAUACAAACUCGAUGGAGCUGCCGAUGAAAGAUAUCAUCAUCCACAAUGAGUUCUUCAGUGAUGUGGAGCGCGACUUCUCCACCUCGAUCAUGACGAACUCCUCGCGGAAAUUCGAUACCUAUGUCGCCCAGGGAGUCAUGCUCAACAACUAUGCGAAUAUCUUCGGCUUGAUCAUGCAGAUGCGGCAGGUUGCCAACCAUCCCGAUCUGUUACUCAAGAAGAAUGCUGCUGAGGGGCAGAAUGUGUUCGUCUGCAACAUCUGCGACGAGCCAGCCGAAGAUGCGAUCCGCUCUCGUUGCCAUCACGAGUUCUGUCGUGCUUGCGUCAAGGACUAUAUCGACACGUGCGAAGCAUCUGGCACUGACGCUGACUGUCCUCGCUGCCACAUUGCCUUGUCUAUUGACUUCGAACAGCCCGAACUGGAGCAGGAUGAGGAGGGUGUGAAGAAGUCGUCCAUCAUCAAUCGUAUCAAGAUGGAGAACUGGACGUCGUCUACCAAGAUUGAGAUGCUUGUCUACGACCUCUACAAGCUGCGCAGCAAGAAGCAGACGCUCAAAUCCAUCGUAUUCAGCCAGUUCACGUCCAUGUUGCAACUCAUUGAAUGGCGGCUGCGUCGUGCUGGGUUCAAUACGGUCAUGCUGGACGGCAGUAUGACGCCAGCGAUGCGGCAGAAGAGUAUUGAGCAUUUCAUGACGAACCCGGAUGUUGAAGUGUUCUUGGUGUCGCUCAAGGCGGGUGGUGUUGCCCUGAACCUCACUGAGGCGUCUCGUGUCUUCAUUGUCGAUCCGUGGUGGAAUCCCGCUGCAGAAUGGCAGUCCGCUGACCGAUGCCAUCGGAUUGGCCAGAAGCGCCCCUGUGUCAUUACUCGGCUCUGCAUCGAGGACAGCGUCGAGUCUCGUAUGGUGGCGCUGCAGGAGAAGAAGGCUGCUAUGAUUGCCGGAACGGUCAACAACGAUAAGGUGGCGAUGGAUCGUCUCAGUCCUGAGGAUCUGCAGUUCUUGUUCCGUGGUACUUGAGGGAUUGACGAUGGGUGGAUGUUAGUGGUAGGCGUAAAGGAGGAAUGGGAUGCGGCGCAAGCUGUGGUUCAACUGGGUUCGGAGGGGAUUCUAUUCGGUUAUGAGUGAAGGCGUCCUAGGAGGUUAUACGGUCAAGGCGUCUCUGGAGGAUAUAGGUAUGCGUCUCCGGCGUUUACAGCCAGAGACGAAUGUCGUCGGAACUCAAGACCGCAUAUUGUGCUCAGUGGCAUUCUGAUACCGGCACCCGAGUAGCUACUGAUGUAAUAUGAUAAAGCAUAACAUGCACCGC